AGAGCUGGAAUGUGCACAACUUCAUUAACAAAAAAAUCAUGUCUGCAGACAUCUUUCACCACCCUCCUUCCCUCCAAACGAUACGCCUCAGAGACAAACUGAUUGAGGCAGGAUAAUUCUUUAUUCCAGUGCGAUUUCUGCCUGGCUGAGCAGCGUGUGGCUGGGAGCGAGGUGGGAGUGGUGAGUGCUGCAGCUGCCAGUGCUGGGUCACUGCUGGCUGCAGUUACAGACAAACCCUUUUGGUACCAGUUCUGCCACCCCUGUCCCCUCUGCCAGACAGGCUCCAGCAGCUGCUGGUCCCUCUCUAUUCUGCCCUCAUGAGACUCCACCUGCAGAGCUGCCUCUGGGGCCCACAACAUCACAAGGGUGCAGAGCUGCUGGAGCGAGUCCAGAGGAGGCCACAAAGACGCUCCAAGGGUUAAAGUCUCUCUGCUCUGGAGCCAGGGUGGGACAGCUGGGGGUGUUCACCUGGAGAAGACCCAGAGAGCCCUCAGAGCCCCUUCCAGAGCCAAAAGGCUGGAGAGGGAGUUUGGAUGUCUGGAGGGACAGGAGGGAAUGGCUUCCCACUGCCACACGGCGGGGUUGGAUGGGAAUUUGGGAAGGAAUAGCAGAAAGUGUUCCUGCCACUCUGGCAGGGGUUGGAACUGGAUGAUCUCUGAGAUCCCACCCAAACCAUUCUGUGAUUAAAGAAUGUGCUGCGUGUUCGCAGCAUCCGCUGCAAGGGCUCGGUGUGCGGGGAAGGGUUCGCUGUCAGGGUUUCAGUACCUGGGGAGGGGUGAGUGUUCGGGGAAGGGUCCAGAGCCCGGGGCAGGGUCGGCGCCGGGAUUUGGGAGCCCAGCCCAGCCCCGUGUGGCGGCCGCUCCUCCCCGCCGGCCGCUCCCGCCUCCGCCGCGGCUGCGCGGGCCGGGCCGGGCCGGGCCGGGCCAUGAGGGCUGUGGGGGCCGCGCGGGGCGCGGCGCUGGCGGCGGCGGCGGUGACCGCGGUGGCGCUGGCGGUGGCGGCCUGGCUGCGGGCCCGGCCCGUGCGGGAGGUGCUGUUCUUCCCCUCGCGGCCCUGCUGCAUCGAGGCGCUGCUGGCCGAGGCGGCCGAGCCCGGGGUGCCCGCCCGGCCCUGCCCGUGCCCGCUGCCGAGCGGCGACACCGCCCUGAGCCGCCUGGUGCGCCGCCUCCUCUCCGCCCGCCGCUCGCUCGACCUCUGCCUCUUCUCCUUCUCCUGCCCGCAGCUCGCCCGAGCCGUGCAGCUCCUGCACCGCCGCGGGGUCCGCGUCCGCCUGGUGACGGACGCGCAGUACAUGGGGCUGCACGGCUCCCAGAUCGGCCGCCUGCGCCACGCGGGGAUCCAGGUGCGCCACGACCAGCACAGCGGGUACAUGCACCACAAGUUCGCCAUCGUGGACCGCAGGAUGCUCAUCACAGGCUCCCUCAACUGGACCACCCAGGCCAUCCAGAGCAACCGGGAGAAUGUGCUGGUCGUGGAGGACACCGAGUACGUGAAGGCUUUUCAGGAGGAGUUUGAAAGGAUUUGGGAGGAGUACAAUCCUGCCAAUUACAGGUUUUUUUCCGAAAGGCAGUAAAUGAUUGAGCUGCUUCACAGGGCUAGAGGAGCCUGGUAACACCCACAGAGUUUAUUAUUAUGUAUAGACAUCAUUGUUUUGUCCAUCUGGGUGUAACUUUGGUAAAUGUCUCCAGAGAAGUGAAGUGUUCUCUGCCCUAAAAUGCCACUGAUCCCUUGCUGUGGGUCAUUGCCGUGCUAGAGGGAGUGACACAAGUGUUGGGUUGUGAGGGUGACAGAGCUGCAUCCAUAUGCGUUAAAACUUCGGGCAGGCUCGUUGCUGUGCCCUGGUCCAGACCAGGUGUGUUCCUGCAGUGCUGAGAAUGUGUUUCAGUGGUAAAAGGAACAUUUUCCAACUCGGGAUAUGGAAUGGAAUUGUAGCCAAUUCCAAAUGGAAUUGCAGCCCAAGGGCUCCUCUACACUGGUAAGGAAGGGGGAGAUUAGAGGCCUACAGCAGAGUUAAGAGUUUCUAUAGAUUAAGUGCCUUGGUUACAUUUCUUGUUGGCAUUAAUUGUUGAAAGUUGGUAAAAGGAAAUUCCUGGGAACUUGCAACAAUUUUUCAUUUUUAAUUGUGUACAUGUUUCUUUUGGGUAAAGGCUGGCAGAGCUCUGGUGUAAAAGAUGAGCACAGAUGGUAAUGACAGCUUCUCUUCCAGCAAGGAAGUGUAGGGAGCUCUGGAAGGAAAUGAAAAAUGGUUCUUUGGGAUCAGGGUUUAUCUGGAGAGCAGACAUGGCUGGAGUUGGGUCACCCACUUCAGGUGGGCUCUGGAAAGCCCACCUGGUUCUUUUGGGUGUUGGGACACCUGCCAUGGUCUGUGCCCUCGCCUGGCAGCACCAGCCUGGGGACAGCGAGAGGAGGGAGGUGACAUCUCUGUCCCCACAGCUCAGUGUGGAACAAAGGUGAUGUAAACCUAAGAAUUUCAAACCCAAAAUAGUGUCUAUGUAAGAAUUGUUUUAUACUGACUAGAAUGUGCCUUAGAAUCUCUCAAAAUGAAAAGAGUUUUUUAUAUUCUGUUACCAUUUUUGUUACCAGUAGUGCUGUGAAUGGCACUGUUAAAUAAACCAUUUUCACAAAAAA